AUGUCCGCAGAAGUGAAGACCACGGCGUCUCCGGACCAGAAAUGGCUCGACAGCUUCAUCUCUCUGCUCUCCCGCUCCUACCUGACCACUCCCCUCACCACCGCCUUCAUCACCGAGAUUGACAACACCAGCCCCUCGGCAGACGUCUCUCAGGUGAUGACCCCGGAACGUCUCACCAAGCACUUCACGCUGGGUAUCACGGCUGCGGCCAAAUCUAAUGUUGUCCUGAUCGAGUCGGGCGAUUUCACGGCCGCCGCCCUCUUCGAACCCCCCGAUUUCUGCGGCAUCCCCCCUUCGCAGGCCCGGCGGAAUCCAGGUCCCAUACUGCAAGAGUGGCGGAGCACGGCUCGCAGGUUGAAGGCCAAAUAUCUCUCCAUCCCUGACCAGGGGGAGCACAGCUACGACCAACCCGCAGCGCCCUCGCAGUCCUCGGGAGCUCCCUCCGAGGACCCAUACCCGGCCGACUUCAACAAGGACACGGACUUUGAGACCCGCCCAUUCUAUCACCUGGCUAUGAUUGCGAGGGAUCCCGACGCCCCACCCGACAAGAGCAACAAGGCCUUCAAGGCCUGCAUGGACUAUUUUCUGAAAAGGGCAAGGGACGAGGGGGUGCCGGUCUGGUUGGAGACGGCCAGCGAGAGCGCCAUGAAGGAAUAUGAGAGUCUGGGGUUCAGGGUGUGCGAGGAGGUGGUCAUUGGGAAGGGGAGGGUCAACGAGAAAGGCUGGCCGACAGAGGGUGGCAAAGGCGUGAUGACUUGGGCCAUGAUCUGGGAUGAACACUUGAGUUGA